AUGGCCGCCCAAGACGAAGAAAUAUGGGAGCUUUCCUCAGAGGGCUGCUAUGUAGCCCUAACAAGAGACCACCUCAACGCUCAAACAAUAAUGGACCGAGUCCGUAGCCCAGCCGCCGGCGCAAUAGUUCUCUUCGCAGGAACAACAAGAGACAGCUUCGCCGGCAAGCCCGUCAAAGAACUCACAUACACAGCAUACAACAAACUCGCUCUAAGGACAAUGCUGGCAAUUACACAAGAACUGCGCACCAAGCAUGGACUCAAGGGAAUAGCCAUGAUUCACCGCCUAGGGACGGUUCCUAUUGGCGAAGAGAGCAUAUUGAUUGCCGUGUCAUCGCCACAUCGGCAAGCUGCGUGGAGAGCUGGAGAAGAGGCGCUUGAAGAGUGCAAGUCUAAGGUCGAGGUGUGGAAGAGGGAGGAGUUUGAAGGUGAGGAGGGUGUCUGGAGGGCGAAUAGAGAUGGGGCAAUGGGCGAAAAGGUGAAGUCAUGA